AUGGCCACGAUAACGCAACAAGAACAGGUUCUGACCGAGUCUUAUGAGCUCGGCGGCUCUUCAAAGCAAACUCCCAUUUUGGAGGAUGCGUCAAGGGAGGAGACCCUCGAGAAGGAGAAGCUUGACACCGCAACACUGUUCAAGCUUGUUGCCGCCGGUUUCGCGUUUUUUGUCUCUGGAAUAAACGAUGGCAGCGUCGGUCCACUUCUGCCGUACAUGCUUCGUGACUAUGACAUCAGCACUGCCGUCGUAUCUAUCAUAUAUGGUGCAAAUUUCUUCGGUUGGUUUCUUGCUGCACUCACAAACACCCAUCUUCGCGAGCUUUUCGACCUAGGUGGCCUCCUCGCCUUUGGCGCCGUCUUCCAACUUCUCGCGCACGCUCUUCGUGUCUGGAAACCGCCUUUUCCGUUCUUCGCCGUAACAUUUGGGCUCGUUUGUCUCGGCCAAGCGUAUCAAGAUGCUGGGUGCAAUGCUUAUGUCGCCAGUGUCAAAGCGGCCCACCGCUGGCUUGCAUUAAUCCAUGCCCUUUACAUGGCUGGAUGUCUUGUCGCCCCCUUCGUCGCCACACCAAUCGCCUCAGCCGGAGAAACAUCACGGUGGUACCUUUUUUACAGCUUUCCUGUAGGUAUCUGCGCGUUCAACUUGGCGUUGACCUGCUAUGCUUUUCGAGACACAAUCAGGUUUGGACGGAGGCACAAACCUUCAACCGACCAGUCGGGAGCGCCAUCGAGCACAAAUGUCGAAGAGAAGCAAAGCCCGUCACAGCUCAUCAAGAAGGCAUUGUCUACAAAAUCUCUGUGGGCCAUAAGCCUCUUCUUCUUCUUUUUCCUCGGGGCCUCCAUCACGGCUAGUGGUUGGAUAGUGGAAUAUCUUGUAGAUAUUCGCAAGGGGAACGUUAGCCAGAUGGGAUACGUCCCUGCUGGGUUCAAUGGUGGUGCCAUGGUAGGACGCCUUGUCCUAGCUGAACCAACUUAUCGCCUUGGAGAGCGACGUAUGGUACUGCUCUACGUUGUUCUGUGCAUUGCGUUUCAACUUGUUUUCUGGCUUGUGCCCAACAUAAUUGCUGCAUCUGUCGCCAUUUGCUUUUUUGGUUUUUUCUCUGGACCUUUCUUUGCGACUGGCAUUUCUGUUGGCUCGAGGCUCUUCCCUCCAGAGGUUCAGUCGACAGCUCUUUCUUUCGUGUUCGUCUUUGGACAAGUGGGUGGCUCGCUGUUUCCCGUUAUUACUGGCGUCAUUGCAUCUCGCAUUGGGGUCAGCGUGCUACAGCCUGUUCUUGUAGCCCUCCUUGCUGGAACAGGCAUCAGCUGGCUACUGGUACCCAAACCAAAGGAAUCUAGCAAUAAUGCUCUUCACCAGGAAUAG